CUGUUGUGACACGACGCGGUAGGCGUGCCAAGCGCUGCCAGCCUUGGCUGUUGUUGCCGGCAACAAUUCAUCUAUUACUACUUUCCGCCGAACGUCAAGCCACGAAAGUUUUCGGGGAAACCGGGAUAUCAUUGCGGUGACCUCUGGUUGUUUGAGGCAUGGUUGCUAGACUCUCCCUUUACAUCGCCGUCUAUGUGACUGAGUAGUCUGACCUUGGCAGUCUCGAACUGCGAAAGAUCUCCGGGGAUAUGGUGAGAAACCAUAGCAAGUCUCGCCAUGGAUGCAAGCAAUGCAAGCGGAGGAAAGUGAAGUGCGACGAGACCUUACCGCGCUGCAACCACUGCUUGCGCCGGCGGGAGAAGUGCUCAUACAUAGAAGAGUAUGGGCACGAGGAGUUGGGCUCGCCCAUGACAAGCACCACGCAGUUCAGCCAGCCACCGCCGCUGCCAGAUGAUAUCAGUUCGUCCUUUGACGAUGGUGCCGGAAAACUGUCCCAGUCGUAUCUUAUUGACAUGGAUCUUAUCCAUUUCUUCAUCACGAGGACAUACAGCACAUUCUGGUCGCGGCCUUCGGGACAGCUCAUCUGGCGGGACGUCGUCUUCCAGGAGGCAUUGAGGCAGCCGGCCUUGCUGAACGGCAUACUGGCUAUUAGUGCCAUACACAAGAUAGUCACCACCAAGACGACCGCUGACUUCAGAAUACUGACUCUGACGAAGCAGAGGGCAACCCUGGAGGGGCUCCUGGCGCUCCUCCCGUCUGUGGAUGCCGAGAGCUGCAACGUGGUGUUUCCUCUAUCCAUGAUCGUCUCGUACUGGGCGCUCGCAUCGAACAACCUUCCGCGUGAGCUGAGCAUUCUCUCGACGGACGCAGAACUCCACUUUGCUCCCGAUACCGACCAGGAUGUCGUCUCGGCAUCUGCGCUGGACCAAUUCAUCGAGCUUGUCCGGAGGAUCCAGCCUGUCAACGCGAUAGUCCAGGCAGGACGCCACUGGCUGCUGCACGGGAAGUACGCGGAAUUUACGUGGUCGCCAGAUCUUGCUGACCUGCCAGAGCUUUCUGAGGAAACGGCCGACGUACUGGCACAUCUCAAGUCCGAGUUUGAGGGGGAGGGCGAGGAUCUAAGAGGCAUGAUAGAUUCGCCCUCGCUGAUGAGUCUUACCAGUCAGUUCAGACUCGCACGGUCUUCGGAGUGGUUCGAGCUGAUCGUCGGCUGGGCGAUCCAGCUGCGAGGGUCCUUUAUUGGCCAUCUGAAGAACCGGUGGCAGCCCGCGCUGAUACUGCUGAGUUAUUGGGCCGUCUGCUUCUACAGGCCAGAUGGGCUUUGGUGGGCGUCAGGUUGGUCGGAGGCUCUGGUUGUGGAGAUCGACGGUAUUGUCAAGGGCGAGAGGUCACGGCUGCUCGACUGGCCGAAGAGAUAUCUUGACAUCAAAGUGCCCUGAACGAAUUUCGCAGGCCUGGUUUUCGUUUCAUUUGAGUGAAGAUAAAUCCUGUGGACUAUCAGGGUAUAAUUGCUAUCUAAUGAGUGCGAUUAUCUAUCACCUUUCCCUACGACGCUGAUUGAACAAAACGGAAUGAACGUAUGUGCACAGAAAGCCCGGCUCAUGAGCCUGUUUCCCAACGAGUUGCAGGAUAGUCAGACAUGUCUGAAGAGGAACUUCUAUCCUUCCUUGAAAAGUCCCCUGUUUCCGGACUUCGUGAAAUGGAAGAGGGCCGGGUGAGAGAUGGCAGCGACGAGUCACAUGGUAUCACUUCCGUCCGUACACGAGGGUGUUGCAGAGGUGCAUUGUUGGAGCCGGCCACGGUUUUGGGACACGAGAAAAGGUCACAGCAAGAUCACAACGAACAAACAACGGG